AUGGAUCCAUCUUUUCAAGGUCCGAUGUCCGUUGUCCCUAGAUCUGUUCCAUAUUUAUCUCGCAUGAAUAUUUAUCAAAAUACCAUCGCAAAUCGCACGGAUUUAGUCGAUUUUGAUCCUACUGCUUCAUUGAUAUUUCGGUUAGGUAUAUAUAAUGUUCUUUCAUUAUAUGACACAAAAAAUACAUCAUCACAAACAUCUCAAACUGAGAAUAAUAUUGGAUUAAAUUCACCGAAUGGUCUUACAUUUUACCCACCAGAAGACAUAAUGAACACGGAAUUACCAAAAAGUUUAGAACUGAUAAAUGAAGUUCAACAAAUGUUUUUGAAUUACGAUCGAAAUAACGAAGAGCAGACACGUAAACUUGUUGAUUUCAUCGAAAAUCAUGUUUACACAGGUUUACGCGAAUUAUCAACAAACAUUUUUCUUCGACCACAAAAAGUCAAAGAUUACGUUCAUUUAUACUCAUUAUUAUCACGAAACAUUAAGAUUAUUUCAUGUCACAACUUUGCAUGCACUCCAAUUUUUUCACAUUAUUUAAUCAAAGAAGGAAUCUGUUCGGAAUUCGAAGCGAAACAGUUAUCUGCAAGAUUGCCAAAUCAAUCUGAUAUGUUUUAUCAACUGUCAUCAAUGUUGGGUUAUUCAUCAACCGAAUUUAUGUCAAAUCCCGAAGCAUUCCCUAAUUUCUAUUUGAAAGAAUAUUCAGAGCUUAUUAAAGGUGCAAAUUGUCAUGAUCCAUCACCAAAAGAACUUGAUAUAAUUAAUAUAUUUAUUGAAGAUAAUAUUGAAGAGUUAGUUAAAAUUUCUUCUCAGCCAGAUUUUCAUUAUGAUACCAAAGUAUUCAAUAGUAAUAUUUCAUUGAUCAACUUAUCUGCAAUGUAUGGCGCAAUUAAUUGUUUCAAGUAUCUUUUAGUUCAUAAUCCAGACUUGGAAAUAUUUGUAAUUAUGCUGUUGUUGGUGGUAACACAGAAAUCAUCCGUAUUCUUAAACAAGCAGGUGUUGAUUUCAAUGAUACAUCAAUUGUUGCAUUAUUCUUCCGUCGUGAUGAAUUAUUUGACUGGCUUCGUUCCGAAACAACCAAAGAAGUCAAUCAAAAUCAAAACCAAAAUCAGAACAUAUUUUCAAACCAAAGAAUAUUUCCCGGCCAAGAUGAUAUAUACUGUAUUACUGAAACGCUUACUAUCCGAGCAAUUUAUUCAUUAA